AUGACGUCCAUUUCAUACGAAUACUACCAGAUCUUCCUCGCGCAAAGCGUCGUCAGUGCUGCGGGCUGCAGUUUCCUGUUCUUCCCCACACUAGCUGCCAUUGGACAGUACUUCUCGAAACACCGCGCUCUGGCUCUCGGCAUCGCCGUCUCGGGCUCCUCCAUCGGCGGCGUAAUCCUGCCCAUCAUUGUCGACCGGCUGAUCCCGAGAGUUGGCUUCGGCUGGGCGAUGCGCAGCCUUGCGUUUUUGAUCCUGGGCCUGCUUGUCAUCGGAAACGUUCUGAUCAAGGCUCGUCUCCCGCCGCCCAAGAGACACUUUCACUUGGUCGACUUCGUUACGCCACUGACCGAGGUGCCGUUCGCGCUGCUCACCGCGAGCAGUUUCUUCAUCUAUCUGGGCGGCUUCCUGCCGUUUACUUUUGUCAUUCUGCAGGCGAGGAAUGAGGGGAUGAGUACGGCGUUGGCGGGAUAUCUCGUUUCGAUAUUGAAUGGCGCUUCUACAUUCGGCCGUAUCAUCCCCGCCUACUUUGGCGACCGCUACGGCGUCUUUAACGUCAUGAUCCUCAACACCUUCUUCUGCGGCGUCUUUGUCCUAGCAGUCUGGCUACCCUCGCACUCCAACGCCCCCGUCAUUAUGUUCAGCAUUCUCUACGGCUUUGUCUCAGGCUGCACCUUCUCCAUCAUCCCAGCCAUGGUGGCGAGCAUAUCCGACGUUCGCAAACUGGGAGCUAGAGUGGGGUGUUUGUAUGCGGUUUCUGCUGUCGGGGCGCUCAUUGGAAGUCCGACUGCCGGGGUUAUCAUUAAUAGGCAGAACGGUGGGUAUCAGGGAUUAAUUAUCUUUUCGGGUAUUGGGUUAUUAGUGGGCACGGGGCUUGCGGUGGCGUCGAGGCAGGCGUUGGUGGGGAGGAAACUGGUUGCCAAAGUAUGA